AGGCGACGACACAACACACCAACACAAGCGUGUGGCUGCAGUCCUGCAGCUCCGGUGGUAGAUCCGCUAAAAGAGAUGAUAAAAUGCCUACUUGCUGGCUCGUCAGCGAGGAGGGCAAUCAUAGUCCCAUCAGACUGCCACAUCUACAGCCAGUUGUGCUGGGUCGAGGUCCAGAGACGACUAUUAAAGACAAAAAAUGCUCGCGGCACCAAGGUAAUGUUUAUGUUUGCUACACCUGCUGAGUCCACAGUCAGAUAAAAAAUACCAGAGGACAGUGGAAAAAGUGACUAGUGGGAUAUUCCAUCGUAAAAUGAAGUUUGGGUCAAACGCACCAUAACAACGAGAUAGACACCCCCUCUAGAGAUUAAUGUUGCCGACUGCUUGCUUCUCUAGUUAUACCAACUUUAGUAACGACCGCAGGAUAGCAGUACACAGCGGUCUGAGGAGCCAUAAACAAACCCCAACCAAAACGCCACUCUAUAGCCACAAAUAAUUCUCAGAACAGCACCUAACUUCAUCAACAGUACAUAUGGGGUCCCUGCCAUAGUACUAGCCUCCAAACAUCUUUUUAACUUUGCCUGAUUUCUUUAGCAAAGAGACUAAACACAACUCACCUACUCUCCUCCAGCAGCCGCUUGUUUGUAGCAAGACCUCAGGCCAGUCCAUUACCGACUAUAGCGGGGUGAAGCAGCUUAAGGAAGAACAUUUAUGAUCAUUUCUUUAUCUUGAAGACUUAAAAAGCAGCCAACUGGACUCUACACUGUCCAGUUGGCUGCUUUUUAAGUCUUCAAGAAAACCAUGACCUGGAUGAAUGAGAAUCUACAUGGACAUCAUUUCUUUAUCAUUUCCUUGAAGUAAUAAUCAUCAUAUUAAUCAUUUUGCACUGCAGACACAGUAGUUCUUCUGUCUAAGCAUCUCGGUCUGAUUGCAUUUCCAUGAAGAAAUGAUCAUAAAUGUUCUUCCUUGAGCUGUGUCACUGUAGUCCAUAAUGGACUGGUUGAGGUCUCCUUACAAACAAGCGUCUGCUGGAAGAGAGUAGGUGAGUUGUGUUUAGUCCCUUCGCUAAAGAAAUCAGGCAAAAUUAAAAGAUGUUUGGUGGCUAGUGCUAUGGCUGGGACCCUAAAUGUACUGUUGAUGAAGUUAGGUGCUGCUCUGAGCAUUAUUUGUGGCUAUAGGGUGGCGUUUAGGUUGAGGUUUGUUUAUGGUCCCUCAGACCGCUGUGUAUUGCUAUCGUGUGGUCGUUACUUAAGUUGGUGUAACUAGAGAAGCAAGCGGUCGGCAACAUUUAUCUCUCGAGGGGGUGUCUGACUCAGUGUUAUGAUGUGUUCGACCCUAAAUUAAUUUCACGCCGGAAUAUCCCUUUAAUUUAUCGACGUACCCUAUUGAGUCUGAUAAGUUUAAAGCCAAAACUACUGUUAAGUGGUGUGAAAGCAAGUACAUUCAAGUUAGAAAAAUCUUCUAAAUGAGACAAAUUUAAACAAAUGCAAAUGUUAUCUCGUCUCAACCAGUUGAACUGAAAGCAGAUUGCAACAAAGGAUAUGUCAAAGUUAAACAGGUAAGAGAAACAUAGUUUCUAUCAGAGUGAACAUCGUAAUAGAUUAUAAAGCAACUGUUAGGCUGAGCAUUACUAAAUAACUACAACCUAAUCUAUGACUAACAGCAUUGAUUGCCCUUCAGUUGGUAAUCCACUAUCCUUAAUCUUUUCCCCAUUUCUUUAUUUCAAAGCUUGGCUUGAACCCGACCUCAGUUGACUCUGUGGUGAUUGGUAAAGGAAAUGAGGUCAAAAUGAAGCCCGGACAGCAGCUUCUUAUUGUCAACCAGCUCUUCCCAUAUACUGUACAGUACAAGGAGGAUCCAAGUGGGAACCAUAGUGGUUCUAAGAGACCACGAGAGCCCUCAGAGGACAGGAUGAUGGACAGGGAGGUUCCAAGUACAAAAGGUACAAAAGCAGCCAAACAAACAGAAAAGGAGCCUGUGCAGCCCAAAAAUGAAGAAACCACAAGAAACAAUGUAAGAGACAGAAGAAAAUACCAUUAAGAAUAUAUCCUUGUAUUAACUUAUACUUGAUGUGCUUGUGUUACAUUUUAUUAAAAAACUUGCGUACCUUACAUUUGCGACAGGAAAGUUUUGGUCAUUGGAGUCAAGGUCUGAAAACUUCAAUGCAAGACCCAAAGAUGCAGGUAACAAUGUUUUAAAAAAACACAUUUACAGUCACUGUUACCUUAAUCAUGACUGCAAGACUUUGACUGAGAAUGACCAUUUUAAAACCUCUUUCUAACAGGUGUACAAAGAUGAAAAAGUAGUGGUAAUCAAAGAUAAAUAUCCCAAAGCGCGCUACCACUGGCUGGUCCUACCAUGGCAGUCCAUCUCUAGUCUGAGGGUGCUGCGUGAGGAGCACACUGACCUGCUGAAACACAUGCAGAAGGUUGCGGACCAAAUGGUUCAACAGUGCCCACAUGCUAGCUCUCUGCGCUUCCGCACAGGAUACCAUGCCAUCCCCAGUAUGAGGUGCGUAAUGAUACUGUGGAUAGUGACAUCACAUGAAAGGGCUGUGUUGUUUUUUUUGUCUUUAGUUUUAAUGUUUAUGUGGAAAAAAUGUUGACCCAGUGAUGCAAUAUCAUGUAUUUGAAUUACUUUUUCGAGGCAGAUUCAUACUCAAAGCAAACUCAAUGUACUUUACGCACAAAUAUUUAAGAUUCUCUCAAACUGAUAAAAAGCAGAGUGCAUACAUUUACACUAACAGAGCAUGGAUUAAUUUUAAGAGAAACAGAAUCAAUUCAAGAAAAGUAAAAUUAUAUAACAAAUUAAUUACUUAAUAAAUUGUACAAUUAUAGAACAUCAUUGAUAAAAAGUGAUUUGUUGGCUAGAGAUGUAAUAAGUGAAGUCUGGAGUUUUCUUUGUAGCAGGUAGCAAGAUUGAAUUGCUUGCCUCAUAAGUCAAAUGUAUUCAAUUUCUCCUAUUUCUAAUUAAUACACAAAUGAAACUUGGCCCAGACUAUCUAUAUCUUCAUGCCCUCUUUUACAGUCAUGUACAUCUCCAUGUGAUCAGCCAAGACUUCGACUCUCCGUGUUUGAAGAACAAGAAACACUGGAACUCAUUCACGACUGACUACUUCAUUGAGUCACAUGGUAAGAGGAAAUCAAAUGCAAGUUUUUCAGCAUGUCCAUCACUGCAAAUCUGUCUUUAUUUUUCUAUUUUCUUUUUCCAAAUCUGCAGAUGUGAUUCAAAUGCUUGAAACAAAUGGGAGGGUCACUGUCAAAGAAGGUGCUAGUGAGUUGUUGAAACUACCUCUACGAUGUCACAUGUGUGGAAAAGAGCUUACCACCAUACCAGCCCUGAAGGAGCACCUGAAAUCUCACUUCCCCAGCUAAGACAGACACCUCAGAGAAAAGAUAACACUGCAGAUGUUAAUUUGUUUAACAUUUGACUGUUUUGAGGCAUAGAUGUUGCCUGUUGAUCGUGUUAAAGCGUUAGACUCUAAAAACUGGUUUUAAUAUGACAGAACCAUAUUGUCCAACCUGUCAUUUUUCAGUUGUUUUCAGUAGAGGCUCAUCUGUGCCAUGUUUUUUUUUUUCCUCCAAAACUUGAGGCUGUGAAUGUUGUUAAAUUUUCCAGCAUCGUUCAAUAUUUUGUAAUAAAAUUUUUGAUAGUUCACAAAAACUAUUUA